ACUCUAGUCGGCCUCGGCUAAUCGAUAGACGCAGUGCUGCUCAGGGAGACGGAGUUGUUCCUCAUACAAGUAGAGAAGCUUUGUAGAUUCUGUUUUGUCGGAGAGCAAAAAGAAAAGUGGAAUUCUCCUUAAGAACCGGCCGUCGUUCCGAUUAUGUGCAAAAAGUUUUGAAAGAGGGAGGAGAAUAGGAUCAAAUCCGCGUGGGGACGAGUUGUGAAGUUAAAGCAGUGACAGUGAGGACUUUGAUGAAGAAGGAGCAGCAAUGAUAGGCCGAUCCGAGACCCUGCUUGCCCUCGCUGCUUGCCUGCUCUGCGGUAAAGUCUUGGCGACAGUCGAACCGCCCACAGAAGAUUUAGUUCCAAGACUUUCCCUACAAAACCUCGAGGCCGGCUACCACGGCUUGGUCAAAGAGAAUGAGACUAUCGUGGAAGUUACGCCCAAAAUCCGAGGCGUCGGAGCAAAGAUAUGCGAUUUUCACAUCGUCAAUAAACACCACGGGGAAGCACCAUUCCAGAUAAUACUAAAAGAAGGCGGAGAAGCUGAGUUGAAGGCGCGAAGAUCCUUGAAUUGUGAGAAAAGAAAGAAUUAUAAAUUCGACAUCGCCGCUGUCUCGUGUUCUGGACAACAAUCAGAAAAUGCGACAGUACAUAUCACAGUUGUUGACAUCAACGAGUACCCACCGGCAUUCUUGGAGCCCUCUUAUGUUUGCCAAGUAGAUGAGGGAAGGCUAUACUCUGAAAUUGUGAGAGUUGAAGCAACAGACCGUGACUGCACACCAAAAUUUGGUGACAUCUGCAAGUAUGAAAUCCUUACUACCGACCAACCCUUUACCAUCGAUAAUGAAGGUACGAUCAGGAACACAGAACCACUUGAUUACGAGAGAAGCCAUAACCAUAUUUUAUCAGUGGUUGCUUACGAUUGUGGAAUGAAACAGUCACAGCCAGUCAUGGUGACAGUUAAAGUGAACAGGAUCUGCAAAGUGGGAUGGAAAGGUAUUGCGGAAAGAGUAGACUAUGUCCCAGGGACAGGAAGGGAAGACCUUUUCCCUGCUGCACAGCUUAAACUUUGUGACAUGCCUUGUAACGUUCACGGAGUUCAAGCAAAACUCUCGCUUGCCACAAAACAUAUUGACAAGGGUUGUGACCGCGACACAUACUCCGUCGCCAGUCAAAGAAAAAUUUGUGGAGCAAGCGCUGAUAGUGUUGAACUGUUGAGUCCGGCCGUACAAGGCCAGUGGAACAAAGGGGUUUCAACCGAUGACGGCCACGAGUCAGACCAAAUUUUUGAGUUUGAUGGAGUGAAUUCCGCUGUCACUGUGCCUAACCAUGUUCUAGACCAUGGCCUAUCGUCAGUUUUCACAAUGUCAACUUGGCUUAAACAUAAGCAUAGGCAAGACCAAGACAAGCAUGCCAAAGAACAUAUCAUUUGUUCUGCUGAUGAUCACAAAAUGAAUCGCCAUCAUUAUGCGUGGUUUGUAAGAAAUUGUAGACUUAUUUUAUUAUUGAGAAGAGACUUUUCUGAAGGCGAUUUGAACAUCUUCAGACCUGCUGAAUGGAGGUGGAAACUUCCCCAGGUUUGUGAUGAUGAAUGGCAUCAUUAUGCCGUUUCUGUCAAAUUCCCAGAAGUCGAUCUUUAUGUAGAUGGUACACUUUUCAAAGCAGAAAAGAAAAACCCUGAAGUGAUCGAUGACUGGCCGUUACACCCAACAAAGGGUAUCAACACGACUCUGACAGUUGGAGCUUGCUGGCAAGGUUCUGAAAACAAAAUGAAGCAUCACCUCCAUGGUUAUUUGGCUGGGCUUUCCGUUCUUCUUAACACAGUUGAAAAGCCAAGUGUUCUCAGCUGCCUACACAAGUGCAAAGAAAGCUUGGACGUACCCCCAAUGGAGCUUCUUGAACCAGGAAUGGAACUUUUGACGAAUAGCGAUCUAACUGAACUGUCCAUUGAGGGCGACAACAAGACAAAUCUUGAAGUGCUUAUAAAGAAAAUAGGGUAUACGAACUCAAGAGAAUUCCCCACUCCUGGAAGGAGGAAUUUACACUUAACCACAACAAUUGUGUGUGAUCAUAGCCGAAUAGUGAAGAUUCCACAUGUUGAGAGCUACGUGAUGGUCCUUCCUCCCCAACAGCCAACGCUGGUUAUUAACGGUUCUGCCAAUCUCGCCAGUGAUUAUCACGACUUUAGGCAAGGAGUGAGGGUUUUCACCGAUUUGCAUAUCACUGUUUCUCCUCCCGGUAGGCCAUGGAAACACGGCGAAUCUACUGGAGCUGUCGAGAAGAAGCUGGAUUCGUGCGUUGUCACGGUGUAUCCGGCAUUGAAUCCAGAUCAUGAAACACUCACCGUACCGCACAACAUGAUCACACAAUUUGGAAUCACAGCUAAACUUAGCAAAGAUGGUGCCACUCUCAGUGGUUCAAAUGUUAUUUAUAAUUAUGAACAGGUUUUAAGACAAAUAGAGUACACAAAUAGAAAACCAGCUUACUAUUUAAAUAGAGUAUUUAAAUUAAUUUGUUCAGAAAUGAAUGGCAGGUUUUUAAGCAAUGAAUAUGUCCAGACUUUAACUGUAAUUCACCCAAGGGCUAGUACUGCAGCUGCAGUAACACAACCCUCCCCAGUGUUAGUUGAACAUGCAACAGCUGUACCAGUAGCUCAUCAAAUGAUCAACCAACAUCAUGUUGAUAUUGGAGGGCCACAUUAUGUUUCCCAGCCGGUGAAUUCUGCCACAAGCCAUGCAGUAACCAUCAUAAUGGUAGUUUGUGUCGGGUUCCUCGUGGUAAUGAUUAUACUCGGUGUUGUGAGGAUACGAGCCGCUCAUCAACGACAAACCCAGGAGGAAUUGAAUGAUGCAGAAAUGGCCUGGGAUGAUUCGGCGCUAAACAUAACAGUCAAUCCUAUGGAAGAGGCUGAAGAGCGAGGGGGUAAGGGCGAAUUGAGGGAAGAUGAUUCAUCUGAUGACAACUCGAGCUACAGAGAUGAUGAAGAUGUUGAUUCAUCUGAUGAAGAGGAAGGUGCCAUUACUGUUGGGAAGCUUAAAGACCUGGAAUGGGACAAUUCGACUCUAGCCUAAUUCCAGCUUUAAAUCUUCCCAAACUCACCCAGGACACUUAUGCAGGGAAUUCACACUCCCCUACUCUCCCUUUCACUCUUUCAGUAUGUCUGUCAUGUAUCCUACGUUAAGUUUUUUUGUUUUUUAAUAACCAAUAUAAAUUCGGCAAUUUUAUGUUAGUAUGGUUUGUUUGUCAUUUCAUUAUUAAAUGUUUCCGAGCACACAAGUAGUGGGGUGAGCGAAGGGAGAGUGGGCCUACAAUAUAAAAAAAAAACCAACCUGUGUUUUCUUAUAACUACACAGAAAAGAGAGGAAAAUGUCUCUGUCCUAGAGAAAUACAACCAGAAUAUUCCCUCAUGCACCUUUUGUAAAGUAAGGAGUGAAAUUUAGCGACCAAAUUACCCUGUAAGCUUUAUUGAAGUUUUGCCAGCUUUUAUGCAUUACUUAAUUUUAUUGCAGCAACAUUAUAAUUGUUUAAGGAAGUAAUUACCUUUGUUUGUGUUCAGUAUUACCACAUCAGUGUGUGUCUUGUGGGUUAAGUCUACUUUUUAUCCUUCUGUGGUCCCCACUUUGCCUCGAAAUUUCAAAAAGGAAACAUAAAUUGAAUGUUUGUUCAUUUUAAACUCACUCUCACUCUGUUGAUCGCAGGGAGUCGCUGUGCCCAAGCAGGGUCCUUGUACUUAAUUUUCAUCCAUCCAGCUGUCCUUUGCGGACAUUAGUCUAAUGUAUCCACUAUGUAUUUAAAAUAUUAACAUAUAAAAACAAUUAUAUGUAUAGUUAAGAUUUUUUUAUUUUAUAUAUUGAGCCUUGUUCAAUGCUGAUAAUGUGCAAUUUGUUUUUAAGAAAUAAUUGUCUUGUUUCCACCAACAAAAUGCUGAUUUAGAUUUUAGGACAAUAUAAUUAUAGUAUUAUUAUAAUUAGAAGUGCCAUUUUUAUUUUACUGUUAAGCGCUUUUUUUUUCUUUUUUUUGGAGGGGGGUUAUACAUUUAUUAAAGUUCUCAUUCUUCAGUUACAUUAUUGAUAAUUAACAUCAUUUCUGUUAGAGUUUAAAUUAGAAUAACAAAAACAUUCAACUAGUUUCAAUUAGAAGUAGAAACUAACACCUCGGCGGUGAACUGCACAUAUUAAAAAAAAAUAUGUGUCAUUAUUUUGGAAUAUUUUUAAUUUCAAUGUAGAUAUUUUGAUAAGUCGACGUACAGAUGGAACACGUGUAAAUUUAAAUAACUAAGAAAAAAAGGGUGGGGAAAGUGAAAGAUAUCGAGACCUCACAGUUAACAUCGCCAUCGAGCCCUUUGUUUGUACUCUCACAGAAGAUUAAAAAUAUAUGGGGAUAUUUUUAAAAAGGACAAUAAUAGCUGUUAUAAUAUAUUUAUGUAAUUUGCAGCACAUUAUUCAUUCUCAUGCACGAUGGCUAAUAAGUAAGUAGUGAGGUUAGUUGCCGAUGAUGGAAAAUCGCUAUAUUUCUCCUGAAUUCCCCGACCUUUUUUUACAUUUUCAAUACCUCUUUUGAAACGAUUCAUUUGAUCAUUAUACAAAAAGAAAGUAAAAACUUUAUACAAUAUAUUUAAAAAGUGUUGUAAAUUUCUGUUUUCGUCCAAAAAUCUUGUUGCAGCUUUUUAUUUUUAUAUAUAAUAUCACAACUUCUAGUGUGAAGACAUAUAUUUUUAUGCAUAUCAUGAUGAUGUAGCUUAAAAUCUCUUAGUAGUUGUUUGUGGAUGUCGGUUCUUUAACUUCCUAUACGUUUGUUUGGUUUUUAAUUUGGAAUUUUUUAAAUGGAAAAAAAUACAUUCCAACGUUUUCUUUUAAUUUUGUAAAAAGUUUUAUCCUUUACUUUUUCACUUCUAAUAUUAAUUUUUAAGUAAAAUUGAGAAAGUACACAUUAAAAGUGUCUCGACUCAAUUAUAUAUAUCAUAUAAAUAUAUUUGCAUAUUUUUAUUUGUUUAUUGAGUUUUUUAACGAAAAAAAAAUUCAAAUACGUUUUAACAAAUUUAAAAUGAAUGUGGUAUGUAGGAAACUAGUAUACUUUAAGCAUUGAAUCAUAGUGAUCCAUUUCAUAUAGUGACUUAUGUAAAAAGAAAAAAAAAUAAGUAUCAAGAUCCCAGCAUUUUGUUUCAGUACAGACACACACAAAUUCAUACACGUAUUAUUUCUUAUUUUAUUUUUUUACACAUCAAAUAAUCGACGCCUGCAAAAAAUUAAUUACCCGCAAUUAUAAAAAUUUACAAAAAAAAUGUGUAAAAUUAAUUAAAAAGACAAAAAAAAUUUUUUUUUGGAAACAAAAAUGCUUUUUAUCUAAACAAUUACAACAGGAUAACUAAAAUCCCGGUGUAGGUACAUUUAACUGAUAAGAAAGAGUAAGUUUCUGUUUUAUGUAUAUAAAUAUAUUUAUAUAAUGUAAACGUUAUACCAGAAAUGGUAUACCUGUCCAUCGCACAGAACACGUUGUACUUGCAGUAAUUAAUAUAUGUAAUAGUUAUUUGAUGUAUUCACAUUAUUGUUGUUCAAUAAAAUAAAACCUACACCUUUUAAACUG